CUUCACUUGCAAAUCUUCGAUCUAAAAAACCGCCCGGCUGCUUCUACUACUUCCGAGUCCUCCGAGUCCUCUUAUUCCAAGUAAGUCUCUUUUUUCUUCCUCGAGUCAUGUCUGACCACGAAGACAGCCAGAACCCUUCCGCCCAUUCUUACGGUUCUGGUGACCGGGCUCAGACCUCCGGUUCCUCCUCUUCUUCAUCCUCUGAUUCUGAGCGCCCGGCUACUUCUCCACAGAAGAAGCCGGUUGAUGCUUCCACUUGUGCUCCUUCUUCUUCCGUGGCGCAAGUGAUCUCGGUUGCCCAACCUGGGGAUGAGGGCUUCGUUCUGCUGGACGACCGGUUGCUUCAAACGCAAUCGUCGGUCAUGCAGAAGGCCCAGGUCCACGAGGUGCGCAACCUGAUGUCAGACGGGUACCAAUUAACUUACCGGGCAACGUGGAAGAGCAUUAUUCCUCUCCACGCCGGUACGUCGAUUGGUAUCCAUUACCACUCAAUCAAGGACCUGGGCGAAUUCUCCAUUCACCCAUUCAAAGUCCUUUUCCUUGAAACAUACGGUAUCAUGCCCGGGCAGCUGGCCCCUAAUGGUCACCGUUUGUUGGGCAGCUUCAUCAAUGUCUGUUGGUUCCUUCGUAUUCCUCUUUCCCUUCGUCUCUUUGACCACAUGUUCGAUGUCCGGCCCGGGUCCAAGGAGACCCUUGGAUUCGUGGUGGUGUCUUCUCACCAAGGUCAGGCAUUUCUCUGUGGCCUUCCUCCCUCCAACAAGAGGUGGAAGGACAAAUACGUCUGCAUUAAAUUCCCCCCGGCUGCCUUUCCUUUUGCCCAAAAUGUCUGGGGGAAAAGAAUGAAGCGCCAGGUCAAACCAACAGAGGCCGAUGACCUGGUUGCCUGGGAAACCACUCUCCGGGCCGGGGAUGCCUCCACCCGCGGUCUUUACCAUGUCGGGAAGUGGAGCGUCUACCCCGGCCGGGAGACUGACCCUGAGCCGGAGAUUGUCCUGACUGGGGUGAUCCCCGAAGCCAUCCCCAUCAACCCGGCGAAGGGAUCCAAAGCCCUGGCCACAGCCACCGCCGGUCCUUCACGCCCGGCGAAGAAGAAGAAAGAGAAAGUGGUGAAGUUCCAGUCGAAAUUUGCCAUCCCCCAGAUCGCAGUUGAGGAACCCUCCACUGCUCGGCCACUCAACCCCCCAACCAGCCAGCCUCUCUCUCUGGAGGAGCAGUCGGCCCAAUCCCACCAGGGGACCAGCCAGCCCAUACAUUUGGGGGAGCUCUACAUCAACGUAGAUACCCUGGAGUUCGAUAACAUGCUGGGGGAAACCGGCCAUGCCUCUCAACCCCAUGAGGAUGAUGGCGAAGAAGAGGCUGCUGGAGAGUCCCUUCAGCGGAAGAGGCGGAAGACCGAGGAGGUCGGCCGGAUCGGUGAAGAGUACUUUGCCCGGCUGGUAAAGUCAAAAGAUGAGGAGAAGGCCCGGAUGGAGGCUAUGCUGGUCGAAUGCAGGAAGGAUGCCCAGGCUGCCCGCGCCCAUGCGGAGAUGAUGGAGGCCAAAUGGGUAGAGCACUGCGCGGUCUACCGCCAACUCUACGCCAAGCACGACGGACUUCUAAAGGCCGCGAAAGAUGCUGAUGACCAAGCCCAGGCCAAGAUCCAGCUCCUGGAGGCUGAAAAUGCUCGGUCGGCUGAGGAGAUCGCCCGGCUUGGAGAUGAGCUGGAAAAAGAGCGCUCAGAAAGGGCUUCUCUGGCUGCGGCAUGGGCUGUUCAGGCGCCUGAGGAGUUUGUUGCCCAAGCGCUUCCUGAUCGGGAGACCGCCAUCCACUUCUUCCAAGGCCUGUACAAGCACAAGGUGUCGGCCGGGAUCGUGGAUGAGAUCGGAACCUUUGGUUACGAGAGCGGUCAGUACACGGAGCGGCGGGCCCUCUAUAGCAUCCUUGAGCAGCGAAUCCAAGGAUUUCGUCCCAAGGCUCUAUCUCUGCCCAAUCUGCACGACGAGGAACCGGUCCCUCCAUUCCCGGGAAUCUGACUCCCCUGGCCUUAUCUUUUAUUAUAUAUAUUUUUUUUACUUCCCGUGUAAUGAUCUGCCUCCGGGCACUUUUGUAAGACACUUAAAUAUUAUUGCAAGUGUUUUUCUCCUAUAUUCUCUUCAACUUAAGAUUUUUAACCGUUUAGAUUAGUAAUCGGAAGGGUUGUAGGUGGAAACACAUGUAACCCGAUUUGUUAUUAAUGAUAAUAGGAGUUAUUACAAAUACAAGGCGUACAGGUUA